UACCUGCAUUCUGCUGAUCACAGUGUUAACAUUUACAAGCACCUUGAAGAUGCCGACGCCAGGAGGUUAUCGACUUCUCAGUCUCGAUGGAGGAGGCUACAGGAGGACUGAUUGCCAUCAUGCUUGGUCGACUGGAAAUGUCCAUUGAUCAAUGUAUUGAGGCGUACAUUGAGAUGAUGGACGUCAUAUUCGAUCCGAAAGACAGGAGGAAGCUCCCAUUCAAAAUCCGCAAUGGCAAAGUUCAACCCAAGUACAAAACCAAACAUAUCGAGCAAGCGAUCAAACAAGUGAUAUCGAAAGCUGGGCGUACAUCGGAUGAUCCUUUUAGGGGAACAAAGGAUUCAACAUGCAGAACUGUUGUACUCGCUCUUACAGAGGAAAGCCGGGCACCAACUCUGUUCACCGAUUAUACCAAAGACGGCGAGCACUCGAACUUCUAUAACGAAGUCAAGAUCUGGGAAGUAGCUCGCGCCACAUCAGCAGCAACUUCGUUCUUCCCGCCGAUGGAGAUUACACGUGCUGGCGAACCGCGCCGUUUCCUCGAUGCAGGCCUAGGCUUCAACAAUCCCAUCCAGGAGCUAUACGUCGAGGCAAUGUCUCAAUUCGACAAGGAGGAGGAGGAUUUUGAUUCGCAGAUCCGCGUGCUGGUAUCUAUCGGCACAGGCAAGCCAGCACUCCGUGGGUUCGGAGAGAAAGUGGUUGAGGUUGCAAAGAGCAUCGCCUCAAUCGCUACGGAGACACAGCACACGGCGAACAACUUUCAUCUUGCGCAUAUGAAGUUGGCGGACAGAGGAGGAUACUUCCGGUUCAAUCCACCUGAUCUUUCCGAAGUGGCGAUAGACGAGGCAAGCAUGAAGGGUACCAUUGCUUCGCGAACAGAGACGUACGGAAACGACCCCGAAACUGUGGCAAUGGUACAACGCUGGAAGAAUGUGGCGGGGACCGAGCAAAAAUUCAUAGUACCUACCAAAUCUUCCGUAAAAUCCCAGCCCCUUGCAAAAUCCGUCCCGACCAAGCUGUUCUACUCUCUACACAAUGGGCCUCUGUACAUCAGAAAGGAUACGUCGGCAUACUGGCAGCGUCUCACAUUGGAUUCAUACUACAAGUACGAAGAGAUAUAUGACCGGUGCGAACCAAGAGACCGGAAAGUAACCUUCGACUCUUUCUUUGCGCAAUUCGGUCCCAGUCGCACACCUUCUCCCUCGCAAGUAUUCGAAGUCUGGAUGCGCAUGCUCCGCGACACGAACAACGUGCGCAGGUCCAUCCAUCGCAAACCGUUUAUAAUGGCAGUUCUAUACAUGCUUCACCUAGAGACGUCGCUUCCCGACGUCCCAAAGAUGACGACGAUAGAGCCUAACCGCCGUGAAAUGCUCAAGCGCUUCGUUAAGUGGGUCCCGUGUCAGUGUGACAAAAAGUGCGGACGGCAAUGGAAUUUUGUGAAUGAGAUUGGUCUAUCACGUGGGCAGACUGGUGAGGAUGAAUGCGACCUUGUGGACUUGUACAAUCAUAGUGAUAGCUGGAAACUAGUAUUCAAGGGUGCUAAAGUAAAAAGGUUGGAGGCUACGAGGAAGCUUUGGGAGGCGACGAGUAGGUAGGCGGGAACUUUUUGUUGUGCUUCACC